AUGGUUGAAAUCCGCGCAGCCAAAUGCACGGAGGUGACUCCCGAAUGUCCAGUUGAGGGCACAAUCUACGGCUAUGCACCUGAUAUUGUGUUCAGCGUUGAAUUCUGCUAUUUCGGUCGGAUACUGCUGCACAAAAACCCAUAUUCAUCCGCCGGCUUCAAAACGCAGCUUUGCACGUUGACAAUAGCACCCGCUUUCUGGUCUGCAGCUAUAUACCUGACGCUGAAGCAUGGUGUGAACGUGUUUGGUCAACAAUACUCGACAUUGAGAGCGAAGUGGUAUCCCUACAUCUUCGUCACCUGCGAUGUCAUUUCGUUGAUCCUUCAAGGCGCUGGCGGUGGGCUUGCAGCAGCAGCUAAGACACAACAUGAUAAUGAUAUAGGCAGCAAUGUUAUGAUUGCUGGGAUUAUUUGGCAAGUCGUUACCUUAACGGUAUUUGGAUUGAUUUCGGGUCAGUUUCUUCUUCGUAUAAAAAGCACCCCGAAAGAUGAGAUGACGGUUGAGGCACGAAGAGUUUGGAACAGUCGCAGUUUCUGGGUGUUUUUCUGGGGUAUCCUUGUGGCCUUUUUCACAACUUAUAUCCGUUGCGUCUACCGUAUCGCGGAGAUGGCCGGUGGUUGGAAAAACCCCAUAAUGCAAAACGAAAUUGAUUUUAUUAUCCUUGAAUCGGUAAUGUGUGCCAUCUCUGUGAUAUCCCUAUGUAUCACCCCUCCUGGGUACUUCUUCCCACACAUGCGUGGGGACUAUACCGGACCAGUGAAGGAAGUGAAGGACUCUGUUUUGUUAGAGCCAGAGCAAAGACGCAAAUACCAGGAGCUUGUUUGA